CUCCUUCUCUAAACUCAAGUCUGAAGAUUAAUUUAAUUAAAUAUAACAAUUUAUGUUUCAUAUUUGUCAAAGUACAACACAGCAUAUCCAACGAUCACGCCGAAACCCAUGUCUAUCUUUGACCACCACGCCGAAACCCUUCCCGGAGUCUUUAAAACCCACAUUUAUCGUGUACUCAACAUUCUUCGGCGGUUUCCAGUGAUACGUCGGUCGAAAACUUAGCUUCAAUGAUGCAUGUUGAUAAUCUAGGUAUUCUAGAAGCCAUCUUUCCGCUUUCCCCAUUAUUUCGAAUUCUUAAGCUUCUUCUUAUUCCACAUUUGACUUGCGUUCUUCCCAGAUAAACCGGAGAGCUACAAGAAAUUGGUCACUUUGUUCCUCAGUCGCGCAAUUUCGUCAUCCAUUCUUUACAAGUUAGUCCCUUGCCUUGCUCAAACAGUAGGCUUAGAUAACUAGGGUGCCAAACUCGCCUAAUUAACCCAAUCACACUCGUGGAUAAGGUGAUUUUGGGUUUCCUGCUGGCCACUGAAAGGGCAUUCAUCACAUCCCUUCUCUGGUCUUGCUAAAACAUAUGCUCGUGUGGAUAAUAUGUUUCGAAUCCAUCUCCAAGCGAAAUAAUAUAUAUUUUACCACAUGUGAAAUAACUCUUUGUCUAGGUUCGUCCAAACAGGAUAAUUUAACUUCCAAUUUCUUCAAAUAACACACAAAUACCACAUAUAAAAAAGUGAAUUAUUUGACCUCACAAAUAUCAUAUUGUUAAUUAAUCCAUCCAAACGACCCUAAGCAAAGAUAGAGUUAAAUAUAUUUCUACAAUCUUGAGAAGAGAUUCAAUGUAUAUAAAUAGCCAAUUAUGAUUUUUUUCUCAAUAAUUAUGUGAUUCGUAUUUUGAUUAUAUAGUGAGUAAAGUCAUCUAUGGCGUAUUGUUGUGAAGAUUUUGAUCCAACUAUUAAUUUUGGGGUAGCGGGUGUCCCAUAUACUCAAACUAUAUUAGUUUAUAUGUUAAUUGGUCUUCCCCCUCAUGUUAUGUCCUUUUUCCAUCUUCCCCUGACUCUUUGUCGUCUUUUAGAUAGGAAUGUGGCCUGUUUUUGGUGGGGUGCUGAGGAGGGUAAUCCCAAGAUUAGAUGGGUGUCCUGGCGUAACAUGUGCAGGAGUAAGCAUGAUGGGGGGAUGAGAUUUCGCCAGUUCGAACAUUUCAACCAAGCUCUUUUGGCUAAGAUAGGAUGACGUAUUCUCAAUGAACCUCAAUCACUUAUUGCCCAGGUUUAUAAAGGCAAGUAUUUCCCUCAAUGGUCUUUCCUGACCGCGACUGCUAGGUCUCGUCCCUCUUGGGGGUGGCAGAGUAUCCUUCAUGGGCGUCAGUUAUUGGAGAUGGGUUUGAGAUGGCAGGUUGGUAAUGGCCAAUCGGUCUUCCUCCUUCAUUCUAACUGGAUUCCUAGGUACCAACUAGAUCCCCAUGCUAUAAUCCGCGGAUCUUGCCUGAGGGGGGUGAUCCCUUGGUCGCGGAGGUUAUUUGUGAGGGGGGAGGGAGGUGGUCUGAUGAGAAGCUCAGUCAAUGGUUUGACCCGCCCACCUGUAUGGCUAUUAAAACUAUUCCUCUCCAGCGUUAGGAUGUGCCUGAUAGGGUUAUCUGGCAUUUUACGGCCGACGGGGUUUUCUCGAUUAAGUCGGCUUACCAUUUGGCUGUCAAUUUGGACAGGAGGAGGGGUGGGUGGCGAUCCUCGGUUAGCUGGAUGGAUAAGCCGAGUUGGAUUAGAGUUUGGGAGGCGAAGAUCCCUCCGAAGUUGAAGGUUUUUGUUUGGCAAAUUCUUAAUCGGGAUCUUCCGACUACGGAGACGCUUAUUGAGAAAAAGGUCGAGGUGCUACCUCGGUGUCCAGUUUGUUGGGAUGGCCCGGAGACAAUGGAACACCUGUUCCUUUAUUGUCUGGUUGCGAGGGCUCUCCGGGAUUAUUCUGGGUUGGAAUACUUGGGGGAGGGUUUGCCUCGACAUACUUUUCAUUUGUUUCUCAAACGUCUGUUGGCGUUGCUUCAUCAACUGUCAGUGGUUAUGGCUGUUGUUGCCAUCCUUUGGACGAUCUGGCGAUCUCGGAAUAGAGUAGUCUUUGAAGGCAAACAAUUUGUGAUUCCGGCGCUCAUGCGACAAUUUAACCAACAGUAUGAGGAAUGGGUGGGUCUACUAGCAGACCAGGCGCCUAGGGUGCAAAUCCCGAUGAUGCAAUCUACAACACAAGUGGGCAAUUCCCAUUUGGUUUGCAUGUGGAACGGGGCUACUAAGGGUGGGUCGCAUUCGGCUGGUGGGAUGGUUCUUUUUGACCCAGCGCGGACACUCCUUCUGGCUAGAGGGGUCAAGUUUUCUCAAAUGGAUGAUCCUGUAGUGGUGGAGUUGCUUGUGCUCAGGGAAGCUAUUAUUUGGUGUAUGGAGCAAGGCUUGUCGGAGGUCCGGUUUGAGGACGAUGCGAAGGUGAUUACUGACAAAAUUAAUCAAGCCGACACAAGAGAUAGCCGGUUGGGUGCUGUUCUGGAAGAGAUUGGUCAUUAUUUUCGUACUCGGCCUGGCUUUAGUAUGCGUUUUGUAGGUCGGGAGAACAAUAGGGUAGCUCAUUUGGUAGCUAGGAAAGCCCUCUCUUUGUAUCCGACUAUGAGUCGCUUCUUUGAUUUCCAGACCUGGCUGGUUUCCAGGGUGUAACUGUCUAUUUUUUCUAUCAAUACAUGAUAUCUUUUGAAAAAAAAAAUACUAGGACAAGAUUUGACCCUAACUACUAACUGUUAUGGGACAAUCCAAGUACCACAUCGGUAAUACAAGGGAAGGGACCCUUGUAUAUUAGAGUCCACCUAGCCCAAUUAGUACGAGGCCUUUUGGGGAGGACACCCAAAAGUAAAACCGUGCGGGCUCGGCCCAAAGUGGACAAUAUCGUACUAAUGGACUGGCCAGUUAUGACACUAACAAUGAAAGUCAAGUGACCCGUGCAUUAGAGUAUACUUUGAAUUUGGAUCUUGGUUAAGCGCGCCAAUCAAAUGAUAAACUUGUAAAAGUUUCUCUUUGCCUUUUGUGUGUUCUUUGAUGAACCCAUUUUCAUAGGCGAGGGACUUUUGGGAAGGCACGCAUAAUACUUUACGAAAUUGUUGAUCCUUGCAAGUUUAGUGGUCGAAUUAGUAAAAUGUUUUGCGUAUAUCACCAAUAUAUAGCAGUGUAGGAGUAGUAGGCCAACAAAAUAGAUAGACUUUUUUUUAUAAAUUGCUCUAGUCUUUUGCAAGAGAUUUAUUUCUUGGGGUUUUGUCAAAUAUUUUUAAUAUUUGAGAUCAACCAGUGUUUUUUUGUAGUAUCAUAUAUGAUAUCAAUAUUGGGUGCGUGUAGACUGUAGAGUGAAUAGAAAUUAAGAGAAGUGAGAUUUUAGCUCAUCUGUAUCACAUCCUGAAUAUAAAUAAAGUUAGAAUGUUAUUAGUUAUUACUGUUUCAUAAGAGAUUUUUUAGUGUGCACCAUUGUCAUUCUUCUUUUGCUGACCCGCAUGAUUUAUCAACGCCAUUUGGCGCUUCGGAGGGGAUUAUUAGGGGUCGUUUGCUUCAAGAAUUUUAUAACGAGGGUUUUGUCAUGGAUUUGCUAAUUAAAAACCUUGGGAUUUAUUAGGGAUUUUGGGCAUUAUGGAUUUGAGGAAAUCCUUUGUUUGUUGAGCUAUUUUUAUCAUGGAUUUGAUGGUCUUUCAGCUUGUCUCCAAAUCCCAGGAUAUGAGGUGGGAUUUAUAAAACCGUGGAGCCCAUGGAUUUGGAGGGGAUAAACUCAAAUCCGUGGGGCCCACAGAUUUAUCUAAACAUUUUUUGACAAAGCAAACAACGGAUUGUGUGUAAAUCGAUGAUUGUUGGUUUUUUGGUACCAAAUCUUGAAGCAAACGACCCCUUAGUUAUUACAUGAAAUGUUAUAUUUGGGUACCUUGGCUACUUAAGGUAGGUUUGGGGUAUAUUUUACCGAUUAUUAUGUUUAUGAAUAUGAGUAUUAUAGGAUAGUUAGUAAAUACUCUGUUUAAUACAUGUACAUGUAUUCGUACAUAUUUUAUCUGUUUAAAAUUUUCAUAUUCGUAUUAUUGUCAAACUGUUUAUUUUUUUCUCCGUUCAUUUGUUGUCUCUCGUACUAAACACGUAUAACACGUAUAAUAUCCGUAUGUAUUUUAUACACAACUUACUCGUAUCAUAUUUUACUAACUAUGGUAUUAUAAUUAGGGAUAAUUGAAAGUGGGGGUGGGCAAUGACAUGAUUCACACCAUACCAAAUUGUACUGAAUCGAUAUUUGGAUCGAAUCAUAUCAGAUCGAAUAUAUUUCGUUUCAAUUUCUGUCUUAUAAAUUAUUUUAUGUAAGAAGAAGAAAUGGAUCGAAAUUGAAUUGGUACCGGAUCGAAUCAAACCAAAUGAACCGAACAUGCUUUUGGUCCGGUUUUGAUCCUUUGUUUUUUGUCUGAUCCUAAGUAAAUUCAAUUAAGUUCUCGACCGAAUCGAAUGAUGCCCACCCCUAAUUGAAAGUGACGCCGAGUGGAAGGAAGGGAAUAAGUAUUAUUAGGUGGCCAAAUAAGGGCCAAGUAGUAUUAGGAUUUCUCGGUGUGAUUCUUAUAAAUAUGUGAUUUGGUC